AUGACAACUCCCGCGGCCCCGAAAAGGCCAUGCACCGCCCCGCCAGGGUCCAGCCUCGAAGCCGCUCUCAAGAAGUACCUCUUCCUGCACAAAGAAUACAGCGACCUCCAUGCCCACUGGACGGACCUCCGCCUCAUCCACCUGCGUCUCCACAAAGAAUACGAUUUCCGUCUGGACCCGAGCCUGGCCGUCUCCAUCGAUGAUCCGUCGGCGAACCUCAACCCGCAAAAUCUCCCCUUUCUGUUGGAGGAUUACGCGUCCAAGGCGGAGAACCUCCUCGAUAGGGUUGUCGCGACCGCGGAGGCAGCGAACGACGUCAACGACCGCUGCUUGGAGAUCCUAGCGGCGUCGGAUAAGGCGAAAGCCGAGUGGGUGGCGCUGGGGGGGAGGUUUGAGGGUGAAUAG